AUGCAAUUACCCGUCAUCGGUGAAACCGGGAGGAAGAAGCGUGCCGGCAGAGCUUGUGUCUUGUGUAGAUCUCGGAAAGUGCGCUGUGAUGCAGUAUUGACCGGAAAUCCAUGCACAAAUUGUCGUUUAGACUCAUUGGAGUGUGUUCUAACCAAGAACAGACGCCACAGGGUGUCUAAUGCCAACAAAGUCAGGGCCGAAAAAGUGCCAGAAACAAGUGAAAAUACUUUCAACCAUUCACAACAGCAGGCUGUUCAACAUGAAGACGAGAAGGAAGACGAUGGAGCGACGCCGGAUGCUGCCACCCUUCUUGCGAACGGAAACGGUAAUCAUGGCACCAAGGCACCGGUGGAGAUCGCACCUGCUCUUCCCUCAGCCUCAGUUGCACCAAGAGACAUCAUCUACCCAAGCCUGCCGAACUUUAUCGCGCCACUGCCUGAAUCCUUGGAUGAAGCAGACCUAAUCUACCUGCGUUCGAAGAAAGCGUUGUCGCUUCCGAGUGACGAAUUCCGCAACGUCUGCGUCGCUCGGUAUAUUGAAUUCGGCCAUCCACUUCUUCCACUACUGGACAAACGGCAGCUCGUUCUUUUGCCGCACAACGAAACAAGUGACCAAUUUAGUCUCUUGUUAUACCAAGCGGUCAUGUGCACGGGUGUCACUUUUGUGGAAAAUGAGUUGAUCACUCGAGAAGGCUUCCCAUCAAAACAAGCAGCACGCCGUGCGUUCUUCUACAGGGCGAAGGUUCUUUUCGACUGUAACACGGAGCCUGAUCGAUUUGUGGCCUGUCAAGCGGCCGUUUUAUUGAGUACGUGGUACCCAGGCAAACAAGAGAGAGCAGAUUCAUGGUUCUGGACUGGCACGGCGGUGUCCCUGGCCUAUUCCAUUCGAUUGCACCUCGAGCCCGAUGAAACACGCUUCGACGUGAAGGAACAAGGUCUUCGCCGCCGGCUUUGGUGGUGCGCUUUUUCUCGGGAUCAAAAGGUUUCGUUGGCCUUGGGACGUCCGUCAAGGUCAACCUACUACAACGUAAGAAUCCUCACGUUGGAAGACUUCGACGAUAAUGUGCACUUGUCCCUGGACCACAGUUCAACGGAGUUGACCAGUUCCUUCGACGUGGUGGAGCACCAGAAGACGCACAACAUUCUGGCGAGGCUGUGCAUCGAACACAUGAAGCUUUGCAUUUGCAUCGCUACAUUCGUCUCCAAUAUCUUCGAAUGCCGCCAGCAGAUGAAGAGUCGAAGCCACGUGAGUGAGCAUGCCCAGCCUCUCCCAUCACCGUCCACCCGCCUCAACCGCUGCGCGCAAGAUCUGGCACGAUGGUAUCGGGAAGUCACUCCUGACUUACGCUAUGAACUCAAUGACAUAACGUCAAGCCAGGAUAGCGGUCAGCAAAACCGUUGCCUGGCCGUGCAUAAAUCCACUGUUCACGUUCUCUAUCAUGUGGCAAUCAGCGCGUUGUAUCGGGUCAAAGCUCUGUCACCCACUUCUUCCUGGCGUGAUGACCCUGGACAGCCGGAUGGAACCUCGCAGCGCAUUCUCCGCCACACAGCAUGGGAGCUUACACGCGUGAAUCAAGAUCUCUACCAUCCUGGCUUGCUAUCAUAUUGCUCGACGGGAGCUGUGGGAAGUGUCGUCUCCGCUGUAGUCAUACACCUUCUGGAUGUCAAGGCGCCGAAUCAGGCCGUCAGACGGGCCGCUGUCGCCGGCCUUCAGCAGUGCAAAGGGUUCUUGGAGGUUCUGAAGGACUCCUACGGCACUGCAGUCGACGCGUUGGAGUAUCUGAGGGAGGCUGAAAGUCAGGAUGCUGGAUUAGCUCUUGCCCAGUGGCAAGAUACAGUCAGCGUCAGUGACCCUGCAAGCCUAUCUUCCCCGUGGCCUGAUCGGCAGCCCCCUAGCUCAUGGCUCUCUACAAUGUUGCAAGAUCCGCCUUUGGCAGCGCCAGAGGCAUUUGCCGUACCUGGACUAGAGACAUCGCCGUUCAAGGAGGCUGAUGAGAUAUUCUGGCAAUCGUGGAUGGAGAGUGCAUCGAACUACGAUUUUCUUGAAGGUUCGAGUUUGCCUCUUUAUGACCUUGGAUUCUCAUCUACAGACAUCGGUAACUUCGAGAUCCCCAGUGUUUUUCCAGAGCCGGGAUGGAGUACUCUUGAGUAA